AUGACUUUACCCAGCAACCACUCCACUUCCCCAGUCUCUGAAUUCUUCCUCAUUUGUUUCCCCAAUUUCCAGAGCUGGCAGCACUGGCUGUCCCUACCCUUCAGCCUCCUCUUCCUCCUGGCCAUGUUGGCCAAUGCCACUCUCCUGAUCACCAUCUAUUUGGAGGCCUCUUUGCACCAGCCCCUGUACCACCUGCUCAGCCUCCUCUCUCUGCUGGACAUUGUGCUCUGCCUCACCGUUAUCCCCAAGGUCCUGGCCAUCUUCUGGUUUGACUUCAGGUCGAUCAGCUUCCCUGCCUGCUUCCUCCAGAUGUACAUCAUGAACAGUUUUCUGGCUAUGGAGUCCUGUACAUUCAUGAUCAUGGCCUAUGACCGCUAUGUGGCCAUCUGUAAGCCCCUACAGUACUCAUCUAUCAUCACUGAUCAAUUUGUGGCUAGGGCUGCCAUCUUUGUUGUGGCCAGGAAUGACCUUCUUACUAUGCCUAUCCCCAUACUUUCUUCUCGACUCCGAUACUGUGCAGGACACAUUAUCAAGAACUGCAUCUGUACUAAUGUGUCUGUUUCCAAACUCUCUUGUGAUGACACCACCUUGAAUCAGCACUACCAGUUUGUUAUAGGUUGGACUCUUCUGGGCUCUGACCUCAUCCUCAUUGUUCUCUCUUACUUUUUUAUCUUGAAAACUGUGCUAAGGAUUAAGGCUGAGGGAGCUAUGGCCAAAGCUCUAGGUACUUGUGGUUCCCACUUCAUUCUUAUCCUUUUCUUCACCACAGUCCUGCUGGUUCUGCUCAUCACUAACCUGGCCAGUAAGAGAAUUCCUCCUGACAUCCCCAUCCUGCUCAACAUCCUGCACCACCUCAUUACCCCAGCUCUGAACCCCAUUGUUUAUGGUGUGAGAACCAAGGAGAUCAAGCAGGGAAUCCAGAACCUGCUGAGGAGGUUGAAAGAAAUAAAAUGAAUGAGACCUGAUCUUGAAAACAGAAAUUGAUAAUGGGCAAUAAUUGUUAUGAUGCAUAGAAAAUUUAAAUUGUUACUGUAAGAAUAAGUUUAGAUUUGGCUUUCCUCAGUGUUUCAAUUGAUUAUACGGAUAUUCACUUCUUGGCUCCAGCUUCUUGUUGCACCGACUGGUAUCUUAGUGUUUUGACAUUCUAGAAUUAUUUGGAAGAUUUUCCUGACUUCAUCUAUGUGAGUAUGAAUUGAUAAGCCAGAAUCACAGGAGCUUAGAAUAGUUUUUCAAAUAAAGGAUAAAUAUAAUUCCAAUUAUUUUAAAUGCUUUUAAAUUCCACUGUUGUUUAAUACAUACAUAUUUGUUAGAUGUCUUGGUUCUCCCUGAUGCAGCUCAGUGUGAUUUUUUUUUUAUUUUUGCCAUGAAUGGAUCUCUCAUGGAGAUACAGAUGUUGACUCAAGAACUUUGAUUUUAUGUAGAGUGAAUAAUAUGUGACAUCCGCUGCCUCCUCUCUCCUUGACAGAUCUUGUUAAUAUUUUUAUCUAUUGCGACUUAUAUGGAGUGUGAAUUUCUUAUGGUUAUUUUUUCCUAGUGAUUUUUUACCUCUUAAGAUGACCCAUAUUUAUGUGUAUGUGUGUGUGUUUUGUUUUAAGUGAAUUUGUGUGUCCUUUUUUAAAGAUAUAUUUGCCAACUUCUGACUUCAUACUACCCUACCUGAUUUUUCCAUCAGAUUUCUGACACCAUCUGUAUUCAUACUCUUUCCUGCAUGUCUUAGAUAUACAGUUAAACUGUCUUUUUCAUCCUACUUUUAGCUUUCUUGUCUCAAUCUUUAUAUCCUGUCUCUGGGCCAGUAUAACUUCCCAUAGGAUCCAGACAUCUGAAUUAGUGACUUUUUAGAAUAAGUAUGUUUAACACUUUGCAAUUUUUAUCCUGAUCAUGCUCUAAAAAUGGUGGGACCUAGAUACUGACCGAUAUUUCCUGGGAUUAAUUAACAUUUAGUAGCCAGGUCCCUUUUUUGUUAGUAAUUGAGCACCUCAUAGAUAUUAUUUUAUAAGUCAUUUCAGAAUGUCCCCUAAUCUAUAAUAAUCAAAUUAUUUUUGGAAGGCUUAUAAGCCAAUUUAUUAUUUCUUUUCUUUUUUUGAGACAAGGA